AUCGCAUUCUGUGAUCUAAAAUCCAUCUUCCACUGUUGGCUUCCUCUCUCUGACUUAGAUUUCUCUUUCAUACACCAAAUACAAAUCCUUUCAUAGAAUUAUCCACUUCUUAAUUAUUCUCUCCUUUUUUGUUUUGUUUUUGUUUUUGUUUUUGUUUUUUUGGUUUAUAUUCAAAACACAUAAGUUUGAGAGUUUGUUAAUGGUUGAAGAAGCAUCAUUAGCAACACCAUGAAUGCCACUACAACGAGUCCCAGUUUCAGUAACAGCAAUACAUACCAUUACCAAACCAAUCACAAAAGACCCACAAACAGUUUUCUUGGUACCUUGACUUUCACAAACUCCAGCUCCUACUACUACAUUACUAGUAGGUGCACAAAUACCAAUCGUGCCCAAAACAACCGUCAUAACCAAAAUAACUUCCUACUAGUUCCCAAGGCCACUGCUUCCCAAACUGGCAAAGACAACAAAAACAAGAACAAGAAAAACAAAACAAAGAGUAACAAGAAACUUGUACAGGAUGAAAAUGCUGUUCCUGCUAAUGAAAAUGAAACUGAGCCCAUAAAACUAGAACAACAACAACAACAGCCACAGCAACCUUCAGUUUCAAUAAGUUUGGAUGAUGUGAACCCUGUGGGGUUGGGGAGGAAGUCAAGGCAGUUGUUUGAUGAGGUGUGGAGGAAGUUUUCAGGGUUGGGGCAGAUAUCAAGAACAACUAGAGCUGAUGACAGGGAUGCCCUUGAUGCCCUUCUCAUUAGAGAAGGUCCUAUGUGUGAGUUUGCUAUUCCUGGGGCUCAGAAUACUACUGUGCUUGUUGUUGGAGCAACUAGCAGGAUUGGUCGUAUUGUUGUGCGCAAGCUCAUGCUCAGAGGCUACACUGUCAAGGCUCUAGUGAGGAAGGCGGAUGAGGAAGUGGUGAAUAUGCUUCCAAGGUCAGUAGAGAUUGUGACUGGGGAUGUGGGUGAUCCAUACACACUCAAUGCUGCUGUGGAAGGAUGCAGCAAGAUAAUAUAUUGUGCUACGGCCCGUUCUGCCAUCACUGGGGAUCUCGUUAGAGUUGAUUACAAAGGGGUUUGCAACCUCACCAAAGCAUUUCAGGACUACAACAAUAAACUAGCACAACUACGAGCAGGAAAAAGCAGCAAAAGCAAGCUUCUGCUUGCAAAGUUUAAAUCUGCAGAUUCAUUGAAAGGGUGGGAAGUUCGCCAGGGAACUUACUUCCAGGAUGUGAUUGCUUCUAAGUAUGAUGGUGGAAUGGAUGCUAAAUUUGAGUACACUGAGACUGGAAAUGCUGUCUUCUCAGGAUAUGUUUUCACCAGGGGAGGGUAUGUUGAACUGUCAACAAAGCUUUCACUUCCUUUGGGUCGCACUCUUGACAGGUAUGAGGGCCUUAUUCUCUCUGUUGGUGGAAAUGGAAGGUCUUAUAUUUUAAUUCUUGAAGCUGGUCCUACAGCAGAUACAACUCAAAGCAAAUUGUACUUUUCAAGAUUUAAUACAAAGGCAGGAUUUUGUAGGGUGAGAGUACCAUUUUCAUCCUUCCGCCCGGUGAAACCAGAUGAUCCACCAUUAGAUCCAUUCCUUGUACAUACAAUGACCAUACGGUUUGAGCCUAGAAGACAGAGACCUAAUGAAGGACCUACAGGACCGAAGCAAGACCUGAGAAGUUUUGAGCUUAUAUUUGAAUAUAUAAAGGCCUUGCCUACUGGGCAAGAAACGGACUUUAUCUUAGUUUCAUGUACAGGAUUAGGGAUAGAACCCACCAGAAGGGAGCAGGUUCUUAAAGCUAAGAGGGCUGGGGAAGAUUCAUUGAGAAGAUCAGGCCUUGGAUACACAAUCAUUCGUCCUGGUCCCCUAAAGGAGGAACCUGGUGGUCAACGCGCCCUCAUAUUUGAUCAAGGAAACAGGAUUUCUCAGGGCAUCAGCUGUGCUGAUGUAGCUGAUAUCUGUGUGAAGGCACUACAUGACUCAACAGCAAGAAACAAGAGCUUUGAUGUAUGUUAUGAAUAUGUCGCUGAGCAAGGGAGGGAACUCUAUGAGCUAGUAGCACAUUUGCCUGACAAAGCAAAUAACUAUUUGACACCUGCGUUGUCUGUUUUAGAGAAGAACACUUGAUCAUUCUUUUAGUAACCUUGUUUGAUAUAUGUUUCUUAAAUAUAGUUUUCUUUUGCAAAGUUAUUAAUGAAUUUUAUCUUUGUAUCUUUUCUGGCUACCUAUGUAACUACCCUGUCAUACAAUGUGUAUGUAUUCUUAUUGUAAAUCCAAAUGUAGAUGGACAAUAAUACAAAUGAUGAUGAGCACAAUCUUACAACAUUCAAAAGCAAA